CGGCGGCGGCAUUGUGCGCGCACCAGCAGCCCGGCCCGGGAGGAGCAGGACGCGCCGGGGCCGCCUCCUCCCGCACGGACCCAUGAACCAGCCGGGCGGCGCGGCGGCUCCGCAGGCUGACGGAGCCAGUGCAGCUGGAAGGAAAAGCACGGCAAGCAGGGAGCGCUUGAAGCGCAGCCAGAAGACCACCAAGGUGGAGGGGCCAGAGGCUGUGCCGGCCGAGGCCUCGCUGAGCGCCGAGCAGGGAACGAUGACGGAGGUGAAGGUGAAGACGGAGCUGCCCGAUGACUACAUCCAGGAGGUGAUCUGGCAAGGUGAGGCCAAGGAGGAGAAGAAGGCGGUCGGCAAGGAUGGCACUGGUGAUGUGCCCGCCGAGAUCUGCGUGGUGAUCGGCGGCGUCCGCAACCAGCAGACCCUGGGGUCCUAUGAGUGUGGAAUCUGUGGCAAGAAGUACAAGUAUUACAACUGUUUCCAGACCCACGUUCGGGCACACCGAGACACAGAAGCCACCUCAGGGGAGGGAGCCUCCCAAGGCAACAAUUUCAGGUACACGUGUGACAUCUGUGGGAAGAAGUACAAAUACUACAGCUGUUUCCAGGAGCACCGAGACCUGCAUGCAGUGGAUGUGUUUAGUGUGGAAGGGGCCCCUGAGAAUCGGGCAGACCCCUUCGACCAAGGUGUCGUGGCCACUGAUGAGGUGAAGGAGGAACCCCCGGAACCAUUCCAGAAAAUCGGGCCAAUGAACAGUAUUACAUCAGAAAUUUUUAAGAAGAAAGAAGUUAGGCAGUGCCAAAAGAGAGAAACCGGCAAUUACACCUGUGAAUUCUGCGGAAAGCAGUACAAGUACUACACGCCCUACCAGGAGCACGUGGCCUUACACGCCCCCAUCAGUACCGCCCCCGGGUGGGAGCCACCGGAUGAUCCAGACACGGGCUCUGAGUGUUCGCAUCCAGAGGUCUCCCCGUCUCCACGCUUCGUGGCAGCGAAGACCCAGACGAACCAGUCGGGGAAAAAGGCUCCGGCCUCCGUGGUCCGAUGUGCCACCCUCUUACACCGCACCCCUCCAGCCACCCAAACCCAGACGUUCCGCACUCCAAAUUCGGGAUCUCCAGCAAGCAAGGCAACCGCAGCAGAAAGCGCUUUCAGUCGGAGGGUGGAAGGCAAAGCACAAAACCACUUUGAAGAAACGAAUAGUAGUUCCCAAAACUCCAGCGAAACUGCAAGUCCCCUGAUUUCCAAUCCUUUCCCUCUCCUACAGAAACCCUACACGUGCGGCGCCUGUGGGAUCCAGUUCCAGUUCUACAACAACCUGCUGGAGCACAUGCAGUCCCACGCAGCGGACAACGAAAACAACAUUGCCUCUAACCAGUCCCGAUCGCCACCUGCUGUCGUGGAAGAGAAGUGGAAGCCCCAGGCCCAGAGGAACAGUGCCAACAACACCACAAGUAGUGGUUUAACACCCAACAGCAUGAUCCCGGAGAAGGAGCGGCAGAACAUCGCGGAGCGGCUCCUGCGGGUCAUGUGCGCCGACCUGGGUGCGCUGAGCGUGGUGAGCGGGAAGGAGUUCCUGAAGCUGGCCCAGACGCUGGUGGACAGCGGCGCCCGCUACGGGGCCUUCUCGGUCACCGAGAUCCUGGGCAAUUUCAACACGCUGGCGCUGAAGCACCUGCCGCGCAUGUACAACCAGGUGAAGGUGAAGGUGACGUGCGCCUUGGGCAGCAACGCCUGCCUGGGCAUCGGCGUCACCUGCCACUCACAGAGCGUUGGCCCGGACUCCUGCUACAUCCUCACAGCCUACCAGGCGGAGGGCAACCACAUCAAGAGCUACGUGCUGGGCGUGAAGGGCGCGGACAUUCGCGACAGUGGCGACCUGGUGCACCACUGGGUGCAGAACGUGCUGUCGGAGUUCGUGAUGUCAGAGAUCAGGACAGUGUACGUGACGGACUGCCGGGUGAGCGCAUCCGCCUUUUCCAAGGCCGGCAUGUGCCUUCGCUGCUCAGCCUGUGCCUUGAACUCGGUGGUACAGAGCGUGCUGAGCAAGCGGACGCUGCAGGCCCGCAGCAUGCACGAGGUCAUCGAGCUGCUCAACGUGUGUGAGGACCUGGCGGGCUCCACCGGCCUCGCCAAGGAGACCUUCGGCUCGCUGGAGGAGACCUCGCCGCCGCCCUGCUGGAACUCGGUCACGGACUCGCUGCUGCUGGUGCACGAGCGCUACGAGCAGAUCUGCGAGUUCUACAGCCGCGCCAAGAAGAUGAACCUCAUCCAGAGCCUCAAUAAGCACCUGCUCAGCAACCUGGCCGCCAUCCUGACACCGGUGAAGCAGGCGGUCAUCGAGCUGAGCAACGAGAGCCAGCCCACUCUGCAGCUGGUGCUGCCCACCUACGUCAGGCUGGAGAAGCUGUUCACGGCUAAGGCCAACGACGCGGGCACCGUCAGCAAGCUGUGCCACCUCUUCCUGGAGGCGCUAAAGGAGAACUUCAAAGUGCACCCAGCGCACAAGGUGGCCAUGAUCCUGGACCCGCAGCAGAAGCUGCGGCCCGUCCCGCCCUACCAGCACGAGGAGAUCAUCGGCAAGGUGUGCGAGCUCAUCAACGAGGUCAAGGAGUCCUGGACGGAGGAGGCCGACUUUGAGCCUGCCGCCAAGAAGCCCCGCUCUGCCCCCGGCGAGAACCCCGCAGCUCAGGAGGACGACCGGCUUGGGAAGAACGAAGUCUACGAUUAUCUGCAGGAGCCCCUCUUCCAGGCCACCCCUGAUCUCUUCCAGUACUGGUCGUGCGUGACCCAAAAGCACACGAAACUCGCCAAGCUCGCCUUCUGGCUCCUGGCCGUUCCGGCCGUGGGGGCCAGGAGCGGGUGUGUAAAUAUGUGUGAACAAGCACUUCUAAUCAAAAGGAGGCGACUGCUCAGUCCAGAAGAUAUGAACAAACUCAUGUUUCUGAAAUCCAACAUGCUUUAAGACUUCCAGAUGAAAAAAAAAGAGAAAGAGAAGAGAACGUUAGAAAAACAAAAAACCCCACAACACUGUCGCAAAGAAAAGGAAUUUUAAGUUCUAAACACUGUGGACCUCAUUAUAAAUGCCCCCCUUGGAAACUUAAGUGCUUUUUACAGUGUGUGUGUGCAUGUGUGUGCACACCCAUGCGUGCGCACCAUGGGCGUGAGCGGCUCUGUGCUCACCUCCAUGGCCGCGGAAGUGUCACACACGCAUGCACACAUACUGCCCUGGUGCAUGUACACACGCCUGCUUGUGGGCGUGUGGGCAUUAAACUGGGUGUGUCAGGAAAGCUGAGUGGGAAAGAGGGAAGGUGCUUCACCUCCUUUUCUCAGUAAGGGGGCUUUAAAAGACUCCAUUUUCAGGUGUGCAGAUUGGUAGAAAGCUGAUGUUGUAAAACGUUCAGGCAGCUGAGAUCUGAAGUGACUUGACGCUCUCUGUCCUUCACCCCAUGGUCCCCCUUUGCCCUCCAUCCCCUUCCCCAGGCCUUCCUGACCCUAAUGCACCCUCCUCUCCCCAGCUGCCCUGCCAUGGAUUCUCCAAACUGCAUCAGAUGGACAGCUUCUGCACUGGACUUGGUUCUCGUUCACCUUCAGGGCAUUGAGCUGCUGCCUUCGUGACACUCUUGGGUGUCACAGGGCAGCCGCCUUAGAAACACACCUAUCUAUCUCCCCAAAUCAGGAAAGGAGACUUUCAGAAUAUAAAGCUGACCUUUUGCUUUUUAAUAUAAGAUAGAAAAAAAAAAAAGACAUUUUUCAAAGAAGUAUAGAUACUGUCUCCAUUCCUUAAUAAUUUUUUUCCUAACAUGUUAGCAGUUUUUACCUUUUAUUUUGUUUCAAAUUUGAUUUAGACUCUGCUAGGAGGCACUGAAUGUCUAUAACUUAUGUUUUGGAGGGUUUUUUUUUUUUUUCUGGUUUUUGAUUGCCCUUUUUGUUCCUCAAGUCACACUGUAAACUAGCUCAUCUCAGUGGUAGAUUUAAUAUCCUAAGGUUUUUAUUAGCCUUCCCUGGACAGUCCGGUUUUCAUGUAUUCAAACAGCCAAGACCAUGAACUCGGCUGUGCUGUUUGAGACCAGGAGUGGGGUCAGAGUCACGGGUUUCACAGACGUGGGGUUCAGUGGAAGCCAUAGGGGAACAUGUGGCUUGGGAGUGCUCCUGAAUGUAGGCAGAAGACCGCCCUCCUGGCUCGCUGUGUCUGGUACUGCGAAUGUCUUGAUUUCUAUACCCAGAGUGCAUUACACUACUCGCCAUGUCACUGACCCUUCCAGCUCAGCAGGGACUCUUGAGUUGAUCCACAUUCACAUUCAUCACACCUCAGACCGACAGCCUCCUCUCCCUCCCCAGGACCCUGGGGAUUCCCGUGGUUCCAUUGUCCACAGCCCUGGGGGUCCCCACACAAGCCUCAGCCCUCCUUCUAGGACAGUAGUUGAGCCCGGUGCCUUGUGGGCCAAAUGACGGAUGUUUUGAGGGUGGAAUGGCAUUAGGCCACAUUCAACUUAACGCUGUGAAAGAUGUUUCUAGGCUUUUCUCUCCACGAGCAGUUUAAAGUUCUACACACUCAGCCCAAAUGCCGACAGGGUGACCCUUUCCCCUCACCAGAGGCGGUUCCGUCAGGAUCAGUGCUCAACUUCCCACCCCACCUCUCAGCGAAGAGAGUGCUGGUGGUCCCACAUCCCCCCUGCCCCCCCGGUGCCUGUGACUGGGAUAGAGAUGGUUACACCAAGGGCUUCAGGCUGAGAAUGACCAUCAUCAUGGGAGGCUGUUUGCAAAGGCACAUUCUACCAUCCUGGGGGUUGACUUAAGUCCUCUCCAUCCCUUCCUAGUAAUAAAGCAUUAUUCAACUGCAAGAUACCUCGACUACAAAAAGCACUGUACAACAGCCCUCUCUUCCCAGUCCGUGACAGUUAAGUUGGAGAAGUAAAGUUGACUUAAAAACUCAAGGCUUAGGAUUGUGGACCAGAACACUGUCCCAGAUGCCAAGCAUGCUCGCUUUGCCUCAUGAGAGCUAACCUGAGUCUUGGACACAUUGAAAUGCAUCACAGUGGGCCAUUUCCACAUUCACUCCAGCAAGCCAUGGUCUCAGGAAGCACCAUGACAUUUCCUCUCCCGGAGAAGUUCACAGGUGUUAAUUCCACGGCACUUCCAACUGGGGUCACGCCGUCAGAAGAUAAGGGGCCAGUGGAUGGUCACCUAAUGUCCUAGAGACUAUGGGAGCGUCAGCAAACUUUGAUGAGACCUUUGGGGGCAUUCCAGAAGGUGGUUGCCAGGCUGCUGACGGUGACAUGCCUACAGCAAAAGGCCUCCAGCUCUGCUUUGCUGCCGGGGAAGAGUCCUCAUCCUGGCACUUUGAUCCACACAAGGAGGAUGAAAGCUGCCCAUAUUGUGUGGUCCGUGGGAGCCCGUCCUCCUCCUGAGAGCAGAGCUGUACUGGUGUUGCCCCAUUAUUGGGCUACUCGCUUAGAAAACAGGCAUUUCGCUUUCUCGCAAGGCCAUCAGGACCAAGCCCAAAUAUGUGUUCUUCUCUUUGGAACGUGGGAUGUCUGCCCCCCCAGCAUGAAAUUUCAAGUACGUUGUACUGAAUUCCAGGUAUCUAGUCAUAUGUGUCACCUCCUGCUCUGUUUGUUCUUUUUUCCCACCUCAGUUCAGUCCUUAGCACUUGGCUUGCUCUGCAGGUUUGAUGUGAGUGCUGCUAGGUACUCUGAAAGCUGUCUCCCGCGGCUGCCUCAUCCAGGUAUGGGAAUAAGGUGGCAGGAAGUCAUUUCUCUCUUGCAGCCUCUGGUUCUUCAGAAACUGUCUUCGCCAACACGAAAGGCUGUACCAAGGUGCCCCCUCUGCUUUCUCAUGUAGGCGGUUCCCAUAGGGCAAACCCUGCUGUGAUGAACAGCUUAAUAAAACCCAAAGAUCUCACAGGUCCAGCCACUGGCCCCUUAUCUCUAGCAAUAUCCACCUUAUCCAAAUUCUAGCUCAGCCAAAGGAUUGAGGUCGCCUCUUCCAGUUCAUUUCCCAACACCCAACCUGGCAUUGACCUUCAGAAGGACUUUGUCUUCUGCCUCCCAGCUCUGUGACCACUGUAGGACCUCACAGCUCAAGGUGGUUGCCUGCGGACUUGGACCCAACUUGUCUAAACCACGUGAUUCCCAGGACAGAACUGGACCUUGUGCUGACAUACAGAGAUGCCAGAGGGGAGGCAGAGAAAACACCUCCACUCUGCGGAGUCUUCCCCGUCAUCUGAGGUCAUUUGGCUUCACCACCAAAGCCCAAGCCAAGGACCACAGCCUUGUGGGCGGUCCUUCAGGUUUGGGGUAACUGGGGGUCUCAGCUCCGCCAAGAGCAGCAGUGCCAUCCCAGCAGAAAGCCACCUGCUGCAUCCACCAGCAAGGAUGCUUUGCCACCAGCCUGCCUGACAGCCUCACGCCUGGCAUUCGGGGAUUGGCUCUGGGCUGGGAAAAGGGUGCUGUGGUUUCUUGGUGAGGAGAGGACAGUCCGAUGAUGCAGUUGAGAAGUUCUGGGUCUCCAGGUUUGUAGGAAGGACUUUGACACCAGCUCAGCUGGUGGGCUGGUGAGUGUCCUGUCCUUCGGUUUGCUCCUUUGUCUCCUGCACUUCCAAGAAACACCAGAGAAAAACUCUGCAAGGCGUGUUUUCCACUGUGAAGCUGAACCUCUGCCUUUAGGGGUCCCCUGGGCUUGCCCCUGGACUUGGACUAGACCCCUUGGAAAGUGGGCACCUGAAGAGCUGUCGGUGAUGCAGCGCACACUCACAGGGGCCCCAGGUUCACGAGAAAGGUUUGGAGUGAAGCUGGGGUGUGGGUAGAGGAGGGACGUCCUGUGAGAAAUGGCCCAGGAGGGGACAGUAGCUGGAUAUCGUCAUCACGACGAAUGUGCUUGUAGAGAUGGGAGGAGGAGGUGCCCGGGGCACGGCCGGCAGCCUCCUCCUGCCCCAGGGAGCUGGGGCGAGUUCAUAGCUCUGCCCUUGUGUUGGGAACAGCGACAGCACCCCUGUCCCUGGGAUAUACCUGAGGGAGGGCUUCUGGAAAAGCUGAUGGGUUAGAUGGAAGCGAGAGGCGAAGUAAGGCUCAGGCUGUCCCCUGGAGACAGUAGGUGGGGGAGCUCCUGCCUCAGCCCUGCCAGCCCCGCCCCAGCCCCUGUAUCCAGCUGGGCCAGUGGGAGAACUGGGAAGGGGCCUGCCCCCUCUUCACUGUGGCUAAUGUUUGCUAGGCCAGUUAUGGUGAACCAAUGAUACAGUGUUUUCCCUCUUAUGUUUCCCUCCCGGUUUCCUCUUUUCAGGGUUCUCUGGAGGAUUUUGUUGCUGUCGUUGUUGGGUUUUUUUCUUCCUCUCUCGUUUGGGUUUGAGGAUCAUGUGGAGCCCGGCCUUUCCCUGAAGGGAGGGGCCCUGUGGUUUCUGUGCGAAGAGGCACCUGCUCCCGCUUGGAUGAGGGUGAAGGCGUCGGGUUGCUGUCUGUUGUAUUCUCCUUCCCCCCCCCACCACCGCCAUGGGCGCCACUGUAAAGAUUCACCUCCUGUACAGAGAAGGAUUUGCUAGGUUUGCAGUCAGGUGUCAGCAUAAGGUCCCCCGGGGGUCCUCCCCACCCACGCGUCCCACCAGGCACCUUGACUCUUCGAACCAAAGUUCCUUAAAGGGGCAUAGCCCAGCCUUGUCCGCAACCUCAGGUGCCUGGGAUCCCUGUGGCGCUUCCUGAAGUCCAGGUUGGCAGAGACCCGCCGGGUCUGAGACCAGCCAGAAGGGGGGGCUCCUCCCACAACCCAGGUGCCAGCCGGUCCCCGCCUGGGACCCUUCCCUCCCUCCCAGCCAGGGUGGCUGGGCUCCAAAGCGGUGAGCGAGCUCGUGGACUGGCACGGGGCUGGGACUCGCCGGCCAGGAGAGAGCGGGACCUGCGGGGCUGGAGGCGGCCAGACCCGCUGGGCAGCGCGUCCGGGACCAUUCAGGUCCCGAGCAUCAUUUUGUACAACCACCUGAAGCAGAGAUAUUUUUUAAAAAGCAUAAAUUAUUUUCAGUUGUUCUCUGACGAUCCCACCUUUUUCUUCUCCCUGCAACUUCACGUCGGUGAUUUUUUCACAUCAGGUAAAUCUUGAGAAAGCCUUGGUGCCCCCUCCCUCCCAGGCCCCACUCAGUAACCACGUGCGUGCACCCCCGCCCUUUCUCAGUAGUUAAGACGUUCUAGGCAAUACCAUGGGCACAUCUGACUGUGUCUCUCUCUUCGAGUGCAAGAAACUCAAGUCAUCUUUAAAAAAUACAAAAAAAAAAUUUACAAAAAAACACAAAAAAAUAUCUUUUUUAGGCCAGAGUUUUCUACAGGUAUUAAUGAAUAUUUUUCUUAAUCCUUAUAAGUUUUAUGUGUUUAAUAUUUCUUAAUACCGGUAGCAUUAAUUUAUACUUUUGUAGCAACACAAUAUUUUUAUAAACAGCCAGUGCUUGGCUCAAGUCUCCACAAGGGGUUUAUGCAGGGUUAUCUUGGGACCCUGUGUACCAUGUACUGUAUUUAAAAAAAAAAAAAGUUACCUAGUGUCACCCUUGCUGUGUUAAUUAACAAAAGACGUUGUUUGCAGUCUCCUGUGUCGUUGGUGUGGAUCCAACAGCUCUCCAAGGAGUCACAUUGCAUGGGGGUUGAGUUGACGGUUCUUGUGAUAUGUAAAACCCCCGAGACCAAACUUGAGGGUUUAUUUAGGGUUUUCUGUUUGUCCUUUGGGUUUUUCGUUUUACUUUGUUUUGGUACCGUUUCUCCAUUUACAGCCAAAUCAGUUUUGUGAUGUUUAAAACUUUUAAUGAUGUCAAAUGGAGGAAAGGAACAGAAAAAAAAAAAAGAUUUUUACAGAGUAAUAAAAUUUAAAACUCAGCUGUUUAAAUGUUGCUGUUUUUAACCUGUCUAUUCUUGUCCAAAAGUGGGACAUUCCCAGGGAGAAGAGGAAGGUUCCACUUGGUUCCUUAAAUCACCAAAAACCCCAGCCCAGAAUUCAGCACCCCUUCCCCCCUGAAUUCUUGCAACAUUAUUUCCCGGUUGGUUGAUGCCAAGGCAAAAAGACAUCCUUUUAAUGGUUAGAGACGAUCAGUUGCUUAAAUGAUUUCAUGUCAGUGUUGUAUUUAUGGUUUUACAAUAAAACGACCUUUAGGAAAA